CCUUAGACGAAGAGCCCCCCCCCUUCUACAAGUGUUCCCCUACCUUUUGUUUUGGCACCCUCCUCCUGCCCCCACCCACGAGCCAAGUGCCGCCGUCCCACUUUGUGUGAUUCUUGGCUACCAAAGUGCCCGUGAAUCGUCACCCCCGAUCACGCGCGAGUUGCGCCGCCGGGACAAUUCGGCUUUCGUCGCUCGUCCAUCAAGGUGAGAGUCGCCGCGCUUGUCUUCGAAAGUCGAAAAAUUUCUAUACAAAAGCCGGUCUCGCGAGUCACUUCCGGUUGUAAAUUUUUUUUUUUUUUUUUUUCAAAAGUGAAAUUAAAAUUCAACCCUCGAAAAAAGGAAAAUUGGCAAAAACUUGAAAUUAAAUAAAAAAAUGUGUUUUUUUUCAAAAAAACUGAUUUUGUUUUUUAGGCUGUGAAUUUAGAUCUCUGGAUUUUUAUUAUUGAAAACUUCACACCCACCCCCCCCCCCCUCCCACCAGCCACAAGUGUCUCGUGUUUGUUCGGAUUUUAUUCGAACCAGUAGUAGUGUUGGAAAAAAAUUGUGAAAACUAGUUUUUUUUAUAAAAAAAGUUGAUUAAAUAAGAGAUUUAAGAUGGUGUAUAUAUAGAAAAAAAAAGUGCAAAUUUCAAAGAAGAAACUAUGGUGCAGUGCUACCACGUGAAAACUGGGAUUCCCGCGAGAAUGCACUGACUGCGGGCAGAUCAUUCAAAAGACUCGAGAUGUCAGCGGUAACCAGUCCGUAUGGCCCCACUGAGAUGCUUUCCGAGUCGGUUUACAACUACGCGACUACCCGUCGGGAUGCCACGGAUCAGGAUAGUGAUUCACAAUUUGAUGCACAGGCACAAUUACAAUUGGCAAAUAUACAAAAGCCAACGCGUAAUAAAAGAAAAAAUUUUAAGCCAAUCAGCAGCCGAAUGGCUGAGGUAUCAGAUGAAUCGGAACACGAUGAUGAAGAUCCUGAGGCUGUUGAAGAGGCAAGCUCAAAUGAAAUACUUGAAUAUGAAAGGAAGACAUUAUUAUUGCCAACUGAAGAAAGAUCGAAACAAAGGCUAAACAAUAAUGAAGCAAGUCCUAUGGAUUUGUCAGUUGCGACUAGGCCACCCUCAUCAGAAGGGGACGACGAUAGUGGGGACUCUUAUAGGCAUAAAUUUAUUAUCGAACAACUUAGGUCGCAGAAGUUCUAUUCCCUUGGAGCCGAGAUUCAAAGUCCAACAUCGGAAUCGUCGGAGAAAAGUGGAAGUGAUUCAAAUCGCUUAGACGAUGGACAAUUUGAGGACGAGCAAGGACAGGAAGUUGAAAAUGAAAGGGGAAUGGAUGAGAAGAGGCCAUUUGAGGGUAUGAGAGAGUAUGCAGAAUCAACGAUGCAGGAACUUCUUGCGAUCUAUGGCCUGGCGGGAGGUGAACUUGCCAGGUCGGUUAGCAGGCAGCUUCCACCCACAUUUCUAAAUCCACCCAGCGGUCAGCAGCCUCAAGGCAAGGUCAAGGUCAAGGAGGAGAAAGAGGCAUCAUCGAUGGCACCCGGAAGUCCACCAACACCACCGCACACACCGCAAAGUCCACCGAGACAAAAUUCAUCAUCACAAUCAUCACAAACACAAAAUGCAAAUUCGCCAAUAAUUAGCAUUCAACAGCAAGGUGUUAAUAAUUCGCCAUUAAGUCAAAUUUUAGUACAAAAUCCAGCAUUGGCACAAUUAUUGCAACAAAAUCCAUCAAUAUUAACACAAAAUCCACAAUUGGCACAGCUUCUACAACAAAAUUUUCAUGUACAAAUGGGAAACGUUCUUUUCCAGGGUGCACGUCGAGAUGAUGGAGAAGAGGCGAGGGUUCCACCGACAAUAGCAAACUUGGCAGCAAUGAAAGUGGAUGCAGCUGAUCCAAAGGUUUCCGCUCUUUUGAGGCAAAGUAUGUCCCCAGGGGCUGAGAAUUUGAUGAGUGGUGCAAAAUCAAUUCCCCAACCUAUCAUUGAUUAUUCUCGUUAUGUGAGAAGGUAUUCAAGUGGUCAAGAAUGUGGAAGUGCCUAUUGUAAAGAACUUGGUUGCAGGGAGCACUUUCACUGUUUAGAUUGCAGUGGACGUGUUUUUAUUAAGAAAGAAGAAAUGAUUAGGCACUUCAAAUGGCACAAGAAGAGGGAUGAAUCUUUACAACAUGGUUUCAUGAGAUAUUCGCCUACUGAUGAUUGUGCUGAAAGGCAUCCUUCAAGAAGUUGUCCCCAUAAUAAAAAACAAACCCACUAUCAUUGCAUCCAUGACAACUGCGACAAAGUCUAUAUAUCAACGUCCGAUGUUCAGAUGCAUGCCAAUUAUCAUCGAAAGGAUUCGGCCAUCAUCCAGGAAGGCUUCCAGAGAUUUAGAGCCACCGAAAGCUGCGAAGCUGAACAUUGUUCGUUUGCUGGUCAGAGGACCACACAUUUUCAUUGCCGACGACAGGGUUGUCGGUACACCUUCAAGAACAAAGCUGACAUGGACAAACACAAGUCAUAUCACAUCAAAGACGAACAGUUUACGCGUGAUGGUUUCAAGAAAUUCAUGAAGUCCGAAGCAUGUCCCUUUGAGCAGUGUAGAUUCUCGAAAGUGUGCAAUCAUAUCCAUUGUAUAAGACCCCAGUGUAGUUAUGUCCUUCACUCCUCAGGUCAACUUAUCUCCCACAAGCGCAAACACGAGAGAAACGAUUCAGAGCUGGCUUACAGGAAAUAUAAACAACUCGGUGGAAAUAGACCGCCUGGAACAUGGAUGCCAGAUGAAAUCAGCUCCCAGAGUCUUUCGCUUAGUUUAAAUGGAGAAAGUUCAAACGAGGGAAGAGGAUCACCUUUUUAUUCAAUGGAUGAUUCCUUUCAAAGUGCCAGUGAUUUGGCAAUGGAUCUCACAUCUCCUUCCACAGGUCCAUCGACUGGUGCUUCCCAAAGCAUCGAACAAGCAUCACCGAUUCAACUUCAACAGCAGCAAUUAACACCUGGCGAAUUAGCUUUCCUUGCACCGGCUUCAGCAGAUUGUUCAUGUCAAUUUGGCAGAGAACAUCAUCACUGUGGUCUUGAUCGUUGUGGUGCAACAUUGCGUGAUCCCCGAGAAGUUCGAGAACAUCUACGUGAACACGAAACUCAAGAAAGAAUCACUGACGCCUUCUUCGAGGAAGGAGGCUGCGAUGACACCUGUCCUUAUUUCGACAAGGAGAAACACUAUCACUGCAAUUGGGAAAAUUGUCGCGAAGUUAUUCUAGCGACCGAUAAACCUUUCAGAAGACUGCAACAUUACAAAAUUCAUGAGUACAGCAGACAACUUGAUCUCUCUUGUACAUCACAUGCACUUUCACCCGAUGUCACUCUGACUCAUUUAACUAACAUUGACGCAAUGUUCAGGCGGAAAAGAGGAAGACCACCAAAGAAUAGAGUAAUUGAAAUUUGGUCUGGUGGAGAUCCAACAACUCACACCCAAGAUUCCCCUCAGGCAAUAUUCACCAGUUUUAAAUUACCUAAACCUACAACUCCAACACUAACUAUAAAUACACUUUCGGAUGAAAGAGAAGGAAGUGUGUCGCCAACAAAUAGUGUCGGUGAACAAGAAGGAUUUGUAACCUACAAUUCAGAGGGUUGUCUUGAUUCAGCGUGUUCAUUAAAAACCACAAGGCAUCAUCAUUGCUCGCAAAUUCGAUGUCAUUUCUCUACCGAAAGACCAGAUCAGCUACUUAUGCACAGCAAGGACUUUCAUGAUAAUGUUGACAUUUUACCAGGAUUCGCCUUCUUUGAUAAAAUGAUUGAUUGUCGAUUACCUGGCUGUCAUAGCAAUCGAGUGAACCGACAUUUUCAUUGUACAAGAGCAAAUUGUGGAUAUUCUUUUGUUCGAUAUUCAACAAUGUCCCUACAUGAGAAACAACAUCAUGGUACAAGUGAUCAACAAAGUUCCGAGCAGAAUCAAGAAUCACUUCAAAUAAUCCCUCAAUCAUUGAUUCAUGAGACAAAACCAAGAAUACAAGUUAAAAAUCCUGCCGAGUUAAUUGAAAAACAAGAAAUGGAUAACAUGGAAGAAAGCCGAUCAAUUAUCGAUGACAAGGAGCAACCUCAAAUUCCUAGUCCAGAUACUAACAAAACCACGGUGGUGAGGGCGGCAGGCACCUAUUAUCCGGUUAGUGGACCGCCGAGCGAACCCGCUCUUCCGGGCGCCAUGCUAUCCAUGCGAACUUCCGUGCACCAAGAGACCCAAGUGAUUCCAUCAACCAGUUCGAAUUCGCCUCACAUACUCUAUGGACCAGAUCAAAGUUGCAGUAGGCCAUUCUGCAAAUUGAAGAGAAAGAAUCACUACCAUUGUAAUGCCUGUAAUCAGGCAUUUUCCGAAUUGGAUCGACUUGUCGCCCAUAUUGCGAAACAUUCAACUGGAGCGAUCUUAAGUCAACAACAACAACAUGAAAUAACACCACAAUCAUCGAAUCAUAUACAGCACGACUACCUCGCUCAACUCUCACAAAAACAUGACUUCAUGACACAAAAUGUUCAAAUGGCCCAAAAUAUUCACAAUUUUCAAAAUCAAAUGCAACGUCAAAUGCAACAAACCCUAGGACAAAUGGCCCAGCAGCCACAAGCCAAAGAGAUUAAACUAGAAAGUCCAAGGCUGAGCAAUGAAAAUAAUCAGGUGAAUCUAAUAAAACGAGAACCAACCGAGAAUUUAAGGGACGAAGGAACAACAAAUACUCACGAUAAUGAGAAUGGACAAAUUUCACAACCUCUUCCGCCAAGUGUACAACAAUCUCAAGUACCACCUGGUUUUGAAUUAGAUCUCAGUCAUGGUUUUCAUUUUCCAAGUCCUGCUGUAAUGGCCGCGGCUAUGAAUCAACAAAUUGCCUUGAUCAAUCAAGCACUACCACCAUUUCUACAGCACGGCAGUAUGUAUCCAGGUGCGCCGGGUUUAAUGUUUGCUCCAGGUUUACCACCUGCAAAUUUCCUUCCACCGGGUCGUGAUGAAAAUCCUCUCGCAUCAUUGGCGGCGAAUUUAAAUUUAAAAAGAUCCCUAUCGCCAACUGACAGCAAUUCCGUGGAUGCUAAGAAGCAACGACUUCAUCAUUCUAUGCGAAUGCUUAAAGAUGAACCUGUUCCCGAUGGUUACGUUAGAUUUCGAUUUAAUGAAGACUGCCGAUAUCCACACUGUGGAUAUCGUGAACAUCAAACUCAUUUUCAUUGCAUGCGACAGGACUGUGGAUAUUCAUUUUGUGACAAGACAAGAUUUGUUCAACAUACCGCAAGACACGAACGUCUUGAUACUCUCAUGGGUGGCGAUUUUCAACAAUACAGAGCUAAUGUCCCCUGUGGAAGAGCUCAAUGUGCUUAUACAUCAUCACUUGGAUCAAUGCAAAAUAAGGCAUCACAUUUUCAUUGUUUGAAAUGUGAUUUUGUUUGUACGGACACAAAUAAAGUUGUGGCACACAGAAGACAACACGCUAAAUUGGAUAGCAUUGCGGCUGCUGGUUUUCAAAAAUUUACACCAAGUCAACCAUGUGGUGCCGUUCAGUGUCAACAUUCUGGAAAACAGACCCAUUAUCAUUGUCUUCAAUGCCAAUAUGCCGUGCUUGGCUUAGCGCAAAUGUCUGCACAUAAAUAUAGACAUAUGGACGGUUGAUCGACACAAAAAAAAAAAAUUAUUAAAAGACUUGAAGAAAAUCUGUACAGUUUAAGAUGAAAAAAAAAAUAAUUGACUUUUAUUGGACUGAAUACAGUUAUUGAACUUAUGUGGUCCUAAAUUUAGGACAUUAUUAGUCCUCAAUUGUCUAAAAGGACAUUAGCACAAAAAUUGAGCCUUUUCAAAAAUAUCUAUGUACAAUAAUUUCGAAUUUUGAAAAAGCCUACUUGGAAUCAUUCCUCAAGAAAAUUUUUCAAUACUGAUUUUAAAAAAAAAAAGAAAGCUGACGAAGACAAUAAAUCAAAUGAAAAAUCAAUAUUAAUAGAGAGAUAUUUAUAUUAAAUAGCUUUAGCACGAAAAAGACAAAAAAAAUAAAAAUAAAUAAACUGUAACGUAUUUAAUGAAGGAGAGCCGUGUAAAUUUCUAAUGCUCUCAUUAUAUAAGUGUAUAGAAAAUAGUUAAAGGCCUAUGUGUAACAUUGACCUAGAAAUUUCAGGAUAGUCCCUUUAGUUAGUAAAUGUAUUAUAUAGUUAUAGAAACAAAGGAUUAUCAAUUAUAGAGAAUUAUAGAUCGAUCGAAAUAUUUGCAAAAAAAAAGUCUCGAUCGGAAGUCAUGAUUAUAGUAUACGAGUCAAUUCGAUUGAGCGAUGAGUAUUUAUAAAAGCAAGGCUUUUUUCACAUUCUUCUCAUUAUUGAAGAAAUGAAGCGCGAUUAUCGAAACGACCAAUGACAAAGAUUAUAAAUUAAAAAAAGACAAAGCGACGCACAGUGGUAACACUUCCGUUAUAGACAGUUAGUUAUGGAUAAAUUGGUUAAAUUUUUAAUUUCAAGCACUAUUUUUUUGGAUACAAAAAGAAGUAUCUUUAAGAUGUUUUGGUCGCCGUUUUAAGAUGUUUUUUUUGCAAUUUGCUUCUAAGUUAUCAAAAACAUUUUAAAAUGCAUAUCUUAAGAUAUAAGAUAGAUCUUUUUGCUUCCAAUGUGUCUUAUAAGAUACUUCUUUUUGGAGUGUAACUGAUAUUUUUAGUUUUGUGAAAUAUAUUCUGUAAUAAUAAAAAAAAAAUUACAAAUCUUUGUUUCGUUAACGGAAAUUCCACGAGCGACGAAAGGAAAAACCAUGCGUUUUCACUACGAUCGACUUUGAAAUGGUCACACUCUUAUCGUACUAAAGAUAGAGCUUUUUUGGUUGUGUCCAAAAAGUUUAGUAGAAUCGUAUUAUAAACAGUAUUGUGGAACGUUUUAAUAAUUAAAAAAAAAAAAAAAAGACUGCCAGCCGAGAGAGGAGCAAAAAAAAAACGAUAAGAGAUGGCAAAUGGUUUCGAGUGAGAGAAAGACAAACGUGAUAUGAUAAUUAAGAAUGGAAAGACAUGAAAUGUAUCUCAGAAAAGAAAUUUGCGAGUUUUUUAAAAAUUUUGCAAAAAGUAUAUAAUCGGCAUAUACUGUGAAGCGUUGUACACGAUAGAAUCAGUUAAUUUUUUUUUUUUUUAUUUUUUUUUUAAAUGUGUAUAUGUUUGUGUAUAAUCGUUUUUAAGCUAGAUUCUCGUGCUUUUAUUGUUCCUUUGUAAAGGAUGCUCAAGAGGAAAUGAUCCUGUAUACACUUUCGUUUUAUAGUAUCUUUCUUCCGUCAGACCCUCUGAAAUUCUGUAUAAUCUUUUUGCGGAGAUGAAAAUAAACUAAUUUUGGAGGGAUUUGUUAAGAGAAAAAAAGACACAUGAUGCAUAUUUUUUUUUUUUUUUUUGAGAAUUGUAAUAGAUUGUAGAAAUCGCAAAACUCGCUAACAACGCGCUAGGGUGCCUUUAGGGUUUUUUUUUUUUUUUCAAACUUAGGACCGUGCCUUAGCAAUGCAUAUUAUACUCGUGCAACGGCUGUAAACACAGAGAUCGACGAAUGCAAAUAAUAAUCAUUCGAGGGAGGUAUGUGUGUGUGUGUGUGAUAAGAACUCAGAAGAUAUUCAAGUACAAUAUUAUUGUGCCGAUGAAAAAAGACGAUAAUAAUUCUAUUAUACGAAAAACUUAUGACUUUAGUGCCUUAAAAGCUAAAGAAAAGUCGAAACAAAUAACUCAACGACUCUGAUUUGUUUUUCUAAUUCUUUAUUAUCCUAUACUAAUUUUUUUUUUCUAUUCAGUGGCCUAGACAGAAAAUUAAUACUGAUUUUAAUGAUGUAAAAUGUUAGAACUAAUUUUUGGUCAGAAAAUAUUUUUUUAUUAAUUAUAAAUUUGAGAAUUAAAAAUUUUUCUCGAAAAUCAAGAAUUUUACAAAAAAAAAAUCAGAGGCUUAAACUGAAACACGUUUUUCAUGAGAUAAAGACAGAGAGAAAGAGACAACCGCAUAUGUUGAUAGUCUUAAUUGUUUUAUUUUAAUAGUAGCAUUCCAUAGGAAAUACAUACACGUUGAUCUUGAUAUAGUCAUCCAUCUUAGCCCGUUGGCUUACGAUUUUUCUCGCGGAUAUAUAGAUAUAAAAUAAUCAAGAAAUUGAGAUAUAGAAAGAAACUUCAAAAAAAAAAAAAAUUAACUAUUGCAAUAUUGUCGCAAACAAGAUCUGAUGACGGAAAUUCGAGAUUUCGAGCUCGACUUUCUGUUCAAAUAAAAAAAUCGUAUUUUAACGUGGCUAAGGUUAGCCAGCCAUAUGAGUGCCAUAUCAUACAAGAAUUAAAAAAAAAAAAAAACCGCGAAAAUUUCGCGAACAGUCGCGAAAUAUAUCAUUAUUAAUUCCUAGCUAAGCGAGCGAGCGAAAGACAAAAAACGAAGAAAAAAAUUUGUAAAAUAUUUAUUUAGAGUGUAAAACACUGUUUUUUGAGUGAUUAUGAAAAAAAAUUUAUAUUAAACCGUUAUUAAUAACGUCUUAUCGUUCUUUUAAAAAAAAAUUGUUAUUUAAAAAAAAUUAUUUAUAUUCUAUACUAUUUUUUAGUUUUUAAUAUCACACUUUUAUGAUAUGAAAAAAAGGGGUUUUCUAUGAGAAAUUCAAUAUAGCUUUAAAUUUCUUUUUAAAUAUAUCUUUGACAAAUUUUUAAAUUGUUUUAAACAAAUGUUUUUUAUUAUUUUAUCAUAUAGUUAAUAUAUUUUCGUAAACUUUAAUAAGAUAAGGCGUUAUUGAUAGAAAAAGGUUUUUUCACGGUGCGAUGAAAUAAAAAAAAAAAAAAAAAAAAGAAUGUACGACUGUAAAAAUGAUGAUAUAUUAUAAAUAUAUAUAUAAAUAAAUGAAUAAAUAAAAAAAAAUAUAUAUAUAUGUGUAAGAAAAAAGACACAAGUUAAAAAAAGACAAAGGCGUCCGUUAUUGUAAUAAUGUCGUUAAGGAGUUUGCACUGCAAAUCAAUAAAAAAAAAUCGUAAAUCAAGUUUAGAAAAUGAAUGCGAUAUUGCGUAUAUAUAUAUUAUAUCGAAAAUCGAGAGUUAGUGUAUAAUGUAGUACUAUUUGGAACUAGAAGUACGGUCCUUAGUAUUAAACGAUAUCUGCUGUAUGAAAGAAGAAUUAUUAUAUAACUUUAUCUAUUAUUAAUUAAUUAAUUAAUAUCGUCUAUUAUUAUUAUAUUAUUAUUAAAACCACAUCUUAUGUAGCUGUGAUUUUGCUUUCAAAAAGUAAAAAUUAAAAAUAUUUAUAGCAAU